AUGUCCGCAAAUAUGCACCUCGACUCUGAAAUGGCUCGCCAUCAGCAGUUUCUAAGCCAACUUGGUGCAUCCGAUGGAGGUCUCUUCGGUAUCGAUCCUACCCUCCUCCCAGAUCACCUCGGUGCCUACCACGACGACGACAACGCCGGUGAUGGUGACGAAGGCGAAGAGCACGAUGGACAGGAUGUUGGCGACGCAGAGCAACUCGACCACGAAGACCAUGAUGUACCCACACCACCCUUUUACAAUGGCGAGAUUCCGGAGCCGAGUGCCCGUCCGCGUGCGGGCACGCUCAAGUCUCCCACCAGUAUGCAAGGCCCUUCUCUCGCCAAUGGCCAGGGUGUGAGUGCUGGAAGCUCUGCCAGUGCUGGAGGUGCCGGAGGGCAGAGAAUCAGCCGCCUUCCAGACCCACGCGCACAGGCGCUCAUGCAACUCGUUCCGAUGCCAUCCCAGCUCCCUCCAGGUGCCCAACAUGAUCCCAAUGGCCAGCAGAUGAACGACCUUGGAGGAAUGCACAACUAUGACGACCCGCGAUACAACACACCAACAGGCGGUGCCCAGCCGGGUAUGCUCCCUCAUCCGGCCAUGCUCAUGGCGCCUGGACUCGCGCCCGUGGGGCUCUCGACCGCUAACCCUGCCGAUCAAGUUGGGACGUGGACUGAAUCCGUCAACGCCUAUUGGCAGCCGAUGGGGUUGCCCGCUUUCCAGGCGCCCGUGCUCGUUUCCGGUGGACUGGCGGCGACCAUUCGAGAUGCGCGGAUUGCAUGGAUGGUGGGCGAAAGCGUAUGUGGGCAUCCGUCGUGCUUGGGGCGGCGCUUUGAGCGCAAGACGAAUUUGCUCAAGCAUCUCCUCACGCACGUCGAGGCGCGCCCAUACGUUUGUCCAGUCCAAGGUUGCGAUCAGGCGUUUAAGCAAAAGUGGUUGCUCGAUCGUCACGGUCGCGUUCAUUCCACCAACAAGGAGGUGCACAAGUGUCCCGUUCCCGGUUGCACGACGACGUGCUCUUCGCUCUAUAACCUUCGUAAUCACGAGCUUGUUCAUUCCGAGACCAAAAAAUUCUUGUGCGAGUUCGAAAACUGUGGGCGUACCUUUGCAACCGCGCGAAACUUGCGACUUCACCAACGCACGCACACGGGAGAUAAGCCAUUCGCAUGUGAUUAUCCUGGAUGCGGAAUGCGCUAUCAUCGACCAGCACAUUUGAAGAGACAUCAAGAGAUUCAUUCCGACAACCCGAAGCCAAAAGCUCGCAAGCGCAAGGACGGCACCAGCACGACCACCGGUCGCCGUAAUCGUCGCACCAACUCGGAGUUGGACAACGAGAUUGAUGAACUCGCCGGUGAUGCGGACGCGUAUAUGGCUCGACUCAACGCAGCGGGCUCGGCCAAUGGCGACGAGGAGGCGGGUGUUCGUGCUCGACCUCGUCGUUCCGCUGCCGUCGCAGCAAUGCAAGCCAAUCGAAGCAAAAAAUACCAAGACGUUGAUUUCGGUGAUGACGGCGAAGAAGAGGAGGAAGAGGAUGAUGAAGAUGACGAGGAUGAAGUUGGUCCCGAUGGCGACGCUGGUAUGGACGAGGACGAUGAAGAGGACGACGAAGAAGAGGACGCGGAUGGGUAUCGUGGAUAUGCAAAACGUAGUGGAUUCACCCCUGGACGCAAGGGUGCUCCGGCUGGACCGACCAUGGGUGGAGUUCCGGCCAUCGCAUACCCUAUGCCUGGCUAUGGACAACAUGCGUAA